AAACGAAGGGCUGCAAGAUGCCAGUUAGAUCCUUCUCUAGUGAUUGAAAAUAGUAAACCAGAUCAAACAGGACAAACGUUUAAUAUCUGGUACAACAAAUGGACAGGCGGUGAAAAUAAUGGUCGAGCAGGAUUAGUACAUGCCAAACACAGGUGCAAUAUUAAAUUAGAUACAGGUUACACAAAAGCUGACAAAUAUGCAAAAGAUGGACAGAUUAAUAGAACAAAAUACAUUUGCCUUUAUUUUGCUAGAGGAUAUUGCUGUAACGGCAAGAACUGUGAUUAUCUUCACCGAAUCCCAACAAAACUUGAUAUUUUUACUCCAACUGUCGAUUGUUUUGGCAGAGAAAGAUUUUUAGACUAUAGAGAUGACAUGUCAGGGAUUGGUUCGUUUGGAAAAGUGAACAAAACCUUAUAUGUUGGCGGAAUUGCUUCUAUGUCUGGAAAUAUAGAACUAAAGAUAUCAAAAGUGUUUGAGGAAUUUGGAGAUUUGGCUUGUGUCAAUAUUCUUUCGGGAAAAAAUGUGGCAUUUGUAUCGUAUAAGCUAGAAAGUCAAGCACAAUUUGCUAAAGAAGCAAUGUAUUGUCAAAGUUUAGAGCCUGGAAACGAGGCAGAAAUAUUGAAUAUUAGAUGGGCGAACGAAGAUCCGAGUUUCCGAGCGAAAAAGAGAUUGAGAGAUGAUGAAGAAGAAAUGACAAUGGAAGCAGCCAGAAGUCUUUUA